CUCUCCGCAGUGUGGCGGCACAGAGUCGACACAACCAGCAGCAACACAAACGAAGAAGACUGCACAGGAAGUGGGGAUAGCAGGAUUGUUGACAUAGCCUGCUAGCUUUUGCUAGGUGGCAUGAUAUUUUGUCGAUAUUUUUCUAAAGUUUUCGUUCACAAUGAGCUCUCCAGAGGACAGGCAUGGAACAAAACGAUCGGCGUCUCCCAGUCAAGAUGGGGGUACACAGUGGGCCUCUGCUGAUUUGGGAAGCGAUGAGAGAAAACAAAAGUUUUUACGGCUGAUGGGCGCGGGCAAGAAAGAACACACUGGGCGUCUUGUCAUUGGUGACCACAAGUCAACAUCUCACUUCCGCAGCGGUCAGGAAGAUCAGAAGAUCAAUGAGCAGCUGGAGCUGCAGUACCAGCAGGGAAUGGAUGGGAAGUUGUCAGGACGCAACCGGAGACAUUGUGGUCUGGGUUUCAGUGAGUCUGAAACCCAGCCAGAGUUGAUCCCUUCACCACCAGUGGAUGGACAGACAAAAGAAGCUGAGUCAGAGAAGUCCACCAGUGAGGAAGAGUCCACAGAAACUCAGGACAAAGGCAGCGAUCCUGAGCCGGAAGAAAAAACUUCAGAGGAGUCUGAAACCAGCCCGGACAGUAGGAACGAGGAACUGAAACACGACUACAAAGCAGCUUUUGUGAAAUCCUCGUAAUGCUGAUGAGACCGGCAGGGAGGAAUUAGUUUUUGUAAUAUUAUGUUUGUAAGUUUUGGUGUUAAAUGUUGAACGGUAGGCCGUCAUCCAUCAUAGAGCCAAUCGUUAGACUACACUCUGGUGUGCAUGUCGUCAAAGAAUGAAGUCUGCAGGCUGAGUGGCAGUACCACAUGAUCAAGUUUUUAUUUCGUUUGGACAUUUUAACAGUCACUGCAUUUGCCAUGAAUUGUGCUGAAUGAAACAGGAUUCCCUGGCAUUAGUUUUGAUUGGUAUACAAAUGGAGAAUUUUGUGUUUUCUUGAAAACCAAUAAAAAUCAUUUUCAGUUAAAA